AUGACGGAAAGUACUAAGGACUGUGACUUUGAACAGUUCCUGUCGGCCAAAAAGUCACUUCUUGCCUCUUCGCCCCCAACGCUCUACGGACCUCGCCAUCAUGUCUUACCUCUAACAUCAAUAAUCCUCCAUGGCCCUAGAGAUCGGCCAUCACUUUCCACGCGCACAUCUCCACGUCCUCCACAGCCAGCCCGCCUCCACCACCACGCCACUCUUCUUCGUCACAUACCGCCUAUCAUCCGGAUCCCCACCGACUGCCGAGGAGAACACCCGCACGUCAAGCAUCUGAAGCCCUCCAGUCUUCCGAGCCCCGCGCCCAACUCCCAACUCCUAACGGCGGAGGAACCGGUGUGGCAACCAGGCUCGCGGCGCGGCGGUCAACGUCCGCUGCUGCUUCGACGUCGGGUGGAGCACGCCGAGGGAACGGCUUUCUUGGCUUCCUCGGUGGCGCGUCGGCUUGGAUCACAGUGUCGUCGUCCCGGCGAUUAUCGUUUGCGGCACCAAGUCGCGCGUGCCGGGGGGAACAUAGCGGCCAACGAAGGCAAGAAUCACACAUCCCCGGCUAUCCUGUCCAACAAUUUGAUCCCUGAGUUCAAGUCUACUAGCGUCGGGAGAGUUGGACACGUUGCUUUCAAAUCCUACAACCGGGAUACGACCGCGAUACAGCCAGAUGGGCUUGAUCUGUUCUACAAACCGUCAUGGUGGCGUCCACCCGAUGAAAUCAGAGAAAAGCCAAGUUUCGAUAAAAGACCGUAG